AUUAGCAAACCACUUCUCAAUGGUUGAUUUUCCUGGAACUAAGUCCGAAAAGUGUUUAUCAAGCCAAGCCUUGGUUUCAACAGUAUUUUUUUGCCAAAAAGCAAUGCUUCAUUAACACACAAAAUUCCUUUUUAUCCAUUUUCUUCAAACUAAUGAAAGUUGCUCCAUCCAAAAUGUUCUAUCCUACGAACUACCAAGCUAAUAGCUAUGGAAUUUGUACACGUGUCUUUUAAAAGUUGGGGUUAAGUGAAAAUCAUGGAUUUAAUAAUAGUAGCACCAUCUGUGUGUUAGCAUACGAACUUUUUAGCAUAGCCGUACAUUGAAUAUUAAUGCAAUGUCAAUAUUAUAUCAAUCAAGAACACAAAAACUAUUCGUUUGGAGUUAUUAGUAAUGCCUGUAAAAAGUACUUACUCUUCCAGUCUAACAGUUGAGAAACAUGGAUGAUAAUCUCAAAGAUGUACUUGAUGAAAUCUUAAAAAUCACUUGUUUUUUUUGCAACAAGUAUAUAACUGUGCCUCCUAUUUAUAUAUCCAAAGAUGGACUCCAAUUUCGAUGUGGUAGGUGCAAGGAUGUAGAAUGUGAAGUAAAUAAUAGGUGUUUAUUAUAUGAGAAUAUUGGAAAGUUCUUGAAGUUUCCAUGUACCUAUAAAAAAUGUACAGAAAUAAUUUCAUGGGGAGAGAUAGAGAAACAUGAAAAAAUUUGUGCUUACGCGACUAUAUCUUGUCCUGUUUAUUAUUUCUGUAACAUGGAAAUUGAAAGGGAACAACUAGUCAAUCACGUGAAAGAUUUACACAAACAAAAUUAUUUUGAAAAUAGAUUUACUUACAAUAUUAAGCCAUACCAUAAUAUGGUUUCAGUUUUAGAAAAAAAAGGAAUACCAUUUUUGAUAUUUGUGAAGGGAGAAAGAGUUUAUGUUAUUUCCAUUAAAUCAAAUAAAGGCUCUACAUAUAAUUUAACAUUAAGUGGCUCCUCUUCUCCAUCAUUACUGUAUGAACAUAAGGAAAUAAAUGAAGUAUAUGAUGAACGGAUACAUUGUUGUGAAUGCAUUGCUGGAAGUUGUAAAAGAACAUAUCAUCCAUAUUCAUCAUUGUAUGACAAGAAAAAUGAAAACUUACUGGAUACUUAUCUUAAUCCCAAAGACUUGAAGAAUCUUUUUGGUAAUUACGCAGAACUGAAAUUUACUAUCGAUAUUUUCUUUGAUGAAAAAAUUGAGAAAAAUAAAGUCAGAGAUGUUGCUGUUUCCACCGAUAUAACAAAUUCCCCAGUAUUAGAUACAUCGAAUAAUCUUGAUAUUUGGAAAAACUUUGAAUGUCCCAUAUGCAUGGAAUAUAUGAUAGCCCCAAUAUUCAUUUGUCAAGAUGGCCAUUCAAUUUGCAGCAACUGUAAGUGGAAAGGUAAAACUUGUUCAACUUGUCAAUCUGGAAUUGGAUCUUCAAGAAACUUCUCCCUUGAAAAUUUAGCAA